AUGGCUGACGCUGAGACCAAGGCCGCACUCCGUGCCAAAUUCGACAAACUCACCCCCGAAGACUUUGCCUCUGUUGCUGGCAACAAGGAUGGCCUCGCCGAGAAGGUUGCUGCCGCAUAUAGCAUCUCCAAGGAGGAGGCCUUGAAGCAGAUCGAUGAGGUUUUCGCCAAAUAA